AUGAGCCCAAAUGGCGAAGAAGUUGCUGCGGCUGAAGGUCGCCAGCAGCGCAGGGCAGAUGCCGGUCUCGAAAGGGCUGGCGCCCUGGAGGAGAAAGAAGAGGUCAAGGAAUGA